AUUUUAAUGGACAAUAAUUUCGAAUUGCCAAACAAAUAAGCUUGUUUAGAUCAAUUAACAAAAUUAGGGAUAGAAUACAUAGUACAUAAUCAUGAUCCUGUUCCAACAAUGGAAGAUGUAGUAAAAGUAAAGGUUGGUGAUGGUACAGCAUAUGUGAAGAAUCUAUUAUAUGUAGAUAAGAAGGUAUAGAAUAUAGAAUUAUAAAUUAGUCAAAUUAUUAUUUGAUAUUGGCUAAUCAUACAACAUAAGUGGGUAAAUUGUUUUGGAAAACACUUGGAUUAGCAUCUGGAAAUAUGAGAUUGAGUAAAGAAGAGUAAAUAGGUGAAGCUUUGAAAUCAAGUAAAGGUAAUGUAAAUCCUUUUGCUGUUGCUAAUGAUACAAAUAAUUUGGUAUUAGUAUAUGUGAUAUGAAAUAGGUGAAAAAUAUAAUAAUAGAUGAGGAGUUAACAAAAUAUUAGAAAUUAGCUUUACAUCCAAUAGAAAAUACAUCAACAGUUGAGAUAUCACUUGAUGAUUUAUAAAAUAAGUUCUUAAAAAUAUUAAAUAGAUAGUUUACAGUAUUAUAAUUAACAGAUGUAGCAGCAGAAUAGAAAUUAGAAUAAUAAUAAAAAUAAGAAUAAUAAUAGAAAGAAUAAUAGAAAGAUUAAUAAAAUUUAUAGACAUUAGCUAUAACAGUAAAGAAAUCAGAUUUUUCAGAAUGGUAUUAAUAAGUGAUAAGGAAAGCAGAAUUAAUUGAAUAUUAUGAUGUUAGUGGAUGUUAUAUAUUGAGACCAUGGGCAUAUUUUAUAUGGGAAUAGAUAUAAAGAUUUUUUGAUGAUUUAAUAAGAACAGAAGAAGUUGAGAAUACAUAUUUUCCAAUGUUUUUAUCAGCAAAGCAUUUAAAUAAAGAGAAAGAACAUGUAGAAGGGUUUAAAGCAGAAGUAGCAUGGGUAACAAAAUAUGGAGAGAGUGAUUUAAAUGAACCAUUAGCAAUAAGACCAACAUCAGAGACAAUAAUGUAUCCAGCAUUUGCAAAAUGGGUAUAAAGUCAUAGAGAUUUACCAUUGAAAGUGAAUUAAUGGACAAAUAUAGUAAGAUGGGAAUUUAAGUUUCCUACUCCAUUUAUAAGAACAAGAGAAUUCUUAUGGUAAGAAGGACAUACAGCUCAUUCAACAAGAGAAGAAGCAGUUAAAUAAGUUUAUACAAUAUUAGAUUUUUAUGAAUAAGUUUAUGGAGAAUUAUUAGCAGUUCCAGUAAUAAAAGGAGUAUAAAUUAAUAUAAUAUAAAAUAGAUUAAAACAGAAUCAGAGAAAUUUGCAGGUGGAGAUUUUACUACUACAGUUGAAACUAUUAUACCAUAAAAUGGUAGAGGAUUAUAAGGAGCUACAUCUCAUCAUUUAGGAUAGAAUUUUAGCAAAAUGUUUGAAAUUAACUUUGAAGAUGAUAAAAAAUAGAAAUCUUUUGCUUGGUAAACAAGUUGGGGUUUAACAACUAGAUCUAUUGGUGCUAUGAUUAUGUUUCAUGGUGAUGAUAAAGGUUUAGUAUUACCCCCUAGAAUUGCUAAAUAUUAAAUUGUUAUUAUACCUAUCAUUCAUAAAGAUCUUAAUGAAUAAUAAUUAAAUGAAAGAUGUGAAUAGAUUAGAUAAAUGUUAUUAUUAUUUAUAUAUAUUUAGAUUGAUUAAAUUAAAAUUAAGAGUUCAUCUUGAUAGUAGAGAUAAUUAUUCACCAGGAUGGAAAUUUAAUAAAUGGGAAUAAAAAGGAGUACCUAUUAGAUUAGAAAUUGGACCUGGAGAAUUCAAAAAUAAUGAAGUUAGAGUUGUUUAAAGAUUCGACAAUAAAAAAUAUUAAAUUAAAUUAGAAGAAUUAAAUUAAUUAAAUUAGAUUCUAGAUAAUAUACAUAAUGCUAUGUUAGAUAAAGCUAGGUCAGAUUUAAAUUCAAGAAUUAAAUAAGCUGAUAAUUGGAAAGAUUUUAUGUCACAAUUAAAUCAAAGAAAUACUAUUCUAACCAGAUGGUAACUAUUAUUAUAUUUAUAUUAUAUAGGUGUUAAAGAGAAGAAUGUGAAAAAUAAGUUAAAACUAAAUCAGGAAUUGAAUCUAAAGAAAAAGAUUCAGAAAUUGAUGGAUAAGUUUAACUUACUGGUAGUGCCAAAACAUUAUGCAUGCCAUUAAAAUAAGAUUAAAUCUAAGAAGGUCAAUUAUGUUUCCAUUGUGGAUAAUAAGCCAAGAAAUACGUUCUAUGGGGAAGAUCAUAUUGAGAUAUCAAAUAUACAACAAUAAUAAUAUAC